CUCACUGUCGUCCCUGCAGAGCAAAUCCAUGGCUGCGAAUUGCUCUCAUUCGCACCUUUGCCUUCUCUUUGAUUCCUCUCUCCUUCCCUUCAUCGGAUCCAAGAAGUCAUAUGGAAGCAUCACAAAGGAAGCAGAGAAGGAGUUGCUAUUGUCUCUCUCCAAGGUUUUCAGGGAAAUUCAGAAAUUGGAAGAGGAAUCUGACUCUGAUUCUGAUCAAGACAGUGUGGUGAGUCCAAUUUUCAGUCACAGGACCUCUCUUACCUCAGAAAAACCUUCAGAAAACAGCCACGAUUGCUUGGCUAAUGUGGUUUCUUUGUCAGUGGCUUUCUUAACUUUUGACAAUCAAUUUGUUCAACAUGUGGCCGGAAACAUACUUGUAGUCAUCUCCACGUAUCUUUCUCAAUUUGAAUCUAAAUCUAAAUGGCUGCAGUAUCUUUGUAUGUUAUGGCUUAGUGUUCAAGCGGCCAUGCCAAGCAUCUUUUUGCACACAUCAAUUUCAGAAGUUGGAUCUGUUGCUCUUACUGAUGAUUUUAUCCAGACCUAUUUUCUAGCAACCGAUGAAUUGCCUGCUACACUAGAUUUAGAUCUUGAUAUCAGAAGUUUCAUUACUCUUUCACAGUCAAGAUUACUAGGUGCUACUUGGGUUACAGUUGGAAGUCUUUUUCAAGUCUUACAGAAGAUCCUGAAAAGUUUGAAACAAGACCAUGAUGAUCUACAUGAACUGUAUGUGCAUAUUGCUGUCUCUGCUCUUUUAAAAAUGCCCUGGGACUUGUUGGGUGGGAUUCAUGCAAGAGACCCAGUCACAAAAGAAGUGUGCUCUUGCAAAGAUAAUGUACUCAAUAUAAAGAAUAGUUGUGCAUAUUCAAAAGAUAUUGUUUUAGGAUCUCUAUUUCAACUCAUGUGCUCUCUGGUUGGGCAAAAUAAUUCAGAUGAAAUUGAGGAUGGCUUAUUAAAAGAUAUCACUAUAUACUCCAAAGUCACCAACCUGGUUCCUAAGCUCCUUUCAUUUUGUUUCUCAGAGCAUCUAAGGUGUGCCAACAAUUGUUUGUCUCAGUACUUGCGACACAAAGCUUUGAUGCUAAUGAUCAGGCUUAGUUUUCAUAUCCACUGGCAAAGGAAUCAUGCUCUUUUAUGGAUUGAACUUCUCAAAAAAUAUUUUGAAAAUCUCACUUACAAGUCCAUCUUAGAAUACGAUAUUGGUCGUGAAAAUUGUCUGGAAGGAUCCCCAUUCUUGCCUGGUAUCACUGAUGGAGAAAAUUUCGAUAAUUUAUGCACCAGACAUUUGCAGAGGCAGGCUAUUUUUCUUCUUUUCAAAUGUUUCUUCACUGUAGCCUGCAUCAAUGAAGAAAGUGCUGAGAAAUGUUCGUGUUCAAUCAAAGCUCUUUCCAUCACUUGCAAGCUGCAAGUCUGUUGUGACCAGUGCUGCCUUCUGGGUUUAUCAGAGCUUUCUGAGUGGCUUCAAAAGUGUGUGUUCUUGGGAAAAUUCAAGGACCAUGAUAAUUACUCAACAUCAUGCUGCACCUUUGCAUUAUCCUUUUUACAACUGUUUAUUGAGGAAGAUGAUAUGCUAUUUGAAAUGCUACUGCAGCUAUCGGAUGCUAAGUUCAUUUCCUUGCAAAAUCAGAACAAUGUAGAACAUAGAUCAUUUGAGGAGAAGAAUGGAAACAUCAUCUUCCACAUUUCCAGGAUCUUCGACCCCAUUGGCAUUUUUCAUAUAUUUCUUCAAUUGUUACACUAUGACCACUUGAUCAUCAUCGAUUAUCUUAUUUCAAAAGAUAUAGGGGUCCAUUGCUUGCAAUAUCUACUAAGGAGCUUGCACAAGAUUUGCAAAUCAUGGCAUCACUUUGCGAAAUACUCGAUAUGUGAAAGCGAGAUCGAUCAGCAAUACAAAAAGAGGAAAAUAUUCAUGGACAAUUCAUCUAAUAUGAUCGACGGACAAAAUGCAAGAAAGCAAGAAAACAGAGGUUCACAUGAGAAAAAUAGAUCACAUACUUUUAAAAAUGCCAAAGAAUGUUUGCUUUCUGUGAAAAGAUCAGUGGAGGAACUUCAUCAGAAAAACUUGUUCCCUUACAACCCAAUGCCUCUUAUCAAAAGUUUCACAAUAUUUCAGAAGCUAUGUGAAGAGGAACAAUAAAUAAGCUGCAGAUAACCAACCUGCAAUAUCUGAGUUCAUUUGAAGAAUGUUUCCAUGAUUCCAUUGUUCACAAGCCAAAUUACUGAUAGACAAUGUACUCAUAUUCAAUGAUGAAUAAAACUUCACAAUUUUCACAAGGAUUAACAAGAUCCAGAAACCAACAUUAUUCCUGAAAUCAAUUUCAAGUGCAAAUGCUGAGAAAAAGCAAGGUUUUAUUUACAGUACAACUCAUCAGUGGUGUUCGAUAUUUACACCGGCAAGAGAUUGAUCCUUUUUUUU